UUCCUAAGAAGACCUCCCCUUCUCUGGCUUUGAUAUAAUGCCGUUUUGCACAAGAUGACUGAACUGAAUCAUGACACUAUAAUAAAUGAAAAUGGAAAGGAUGUAGAGAAAACGCUGGAUUGGAGUUACAUUGAAUGGCAGAAGGAUGACUCAGCAAAAGGUACAGAUGCCCAGACCCAGACAAUCUCUGGGCAGACCGAGGAUAAGGAGACACAAACCAGUAACCCCCUCAUUAUGAGGAUAGACUUGGAAAAGACUCCGUCAAGGUUGAGGUGCGGAUCCCUUAAGGAUGUUGACGGGAUGCCCACGGCGCUUUUCCAGUUUGACAGGCAAGCCCCGGCUCGGAUUUCCACCUCUCCAACGUUGCGGAGGAUGAGGAGCACUAGACUUCCGUCCAAAGAGCCUGGUAGGAUGGGUAGUCCACAGGAGGAGUCUGGCUCGUGGGACACGGUGUCCUUAAAGAGUCCCCUGUCUCCAGCACACAGGCAAAAAUCCCCUCUUGCAGUGACUUUGUCAAACCAGGAAGGCCAUCAAUCCAGUUCCCCUCUAAUCCGUGGGAAUCUCAACUCUCAGAGAUCAAAGACUCUUGACAAUAGUGUCAUUUGCACAAGGCAGGAGCCUCUUAGUCCAACAGAAACUGCUGCCAACACUGACUUUAAAAACGCAAAGGAUGACAAUGAUCAGGUGAUGGAGCUCAGUCAUAAAAGGCUGCAUGAGAGGAGGCGUAGCUCCGUCGUGGUGAGCCUUCCUGGGCUGGACGUUUUCCCCGGGGAUCUCUUUGUGUCCAAUGGAGCAGCUGAUAUCUUAAACCAGUCAAACUAUUCAGAUACCAAGAAAUCAAAAUGGCCCUUCUCCAGGCGUAGCACGGGUAAAGCCAAGACUCACACUCCAGCUGAUAUUGACAAGUGUCUCUCAGACAUACACAUCCAGGACUGGAGGGAUUCAGACUUUCAGAAAUACAAGGACUUCUCAUUGGAGGAGUUUUUGCGGGAGCACUCGGAGCUGAAGGCCGAGGAGGAGGCCAAGGCCUACAAGAAACAGGAGGCUGUGUGGGAGCUCUUCACCAGCGAGUGUGUGUACUUCUUAGACCAGCUCAUGGUGCUGAAAGAGGUAUUUCUGACACCGCUGGAUGAACUUAAGAUGAGAGAUUGCUUCCAAGACAUUGACUCCUGGAGACUGUUUGCUAAUCUCAAUGAGCUGUGUCUGGUGAGUUUUGACUUUCUGACCAGACUCUUGCGGGUCAUAAUGGAGUCUUGGUCGUCGAGCAGUACCGACAGCACACCUACCUUACUGGAGCUGCUCGGGAAGGCGUUUGGAGAGAGCGUUUGCCACAGUCUGCAGAAGUACUGUCUCAAUUACAGUGCUGCAGUGCUUUAUCUGGACAGCCUGAAGCCGAGAGAGGACUUUGGCACUUACGUGAAGUGGUGUGAGCGUAAGGAACAGUGCCGCAGGUUGCAGUUGAAGGACUUGCUGGUGGUCCCUCUGCAGAGGUUCACGCGAUACCCUCUCCUCCUGAGGAACAUUGAGAAAAGGAGCGGCUCUGAGUCUGAGGAGAGUGCCUUGCACGGUGUGGUGGAGCAAGUGGACAGAGCCAUAUAUGAUCUAGAGGGAAAGGUUAAGUGGUUGGACAACUAUCAGAAAGUCAAACAGCUAAAGGAGGCUCUGGUAUGGUUACCAGUGUGGGAGAGAGACAAAAGAGCAUAUGUUCCAGAGAAUCUAAAGCACCUGCUGAAAGUCGUAACGCUGGAGAACUUAGUCUCUCAUCGUAACCUUCUGUACGAGGGCAGGCUCAUUCUCUCGGAAAAUGCCAAACAACAUGAAGUUUACUUGUUCCUGUUUGAUGAAUUUCUCCUGAUUACUAAAAUCAAGAGGAUUAAAAAGAGGUCAAGCGGGUCAGAGCCGAACCCCCUUCGUCCUGCUGUGAAUCAGGAAUUGGACCAGCUGCUCCAGGAGGGCUGUAGUUUCACGGUUCUGGAUCAGCCCCUCUCAUUGGACCGUCUCCAGCUCAAAAACAUUGACCAGAUCAACGUCACAGCAUCUGGACUGCCUCACUCUUUCAUCAUCAUGCACCAGAAUCGCUAUCAGCAAUGCAUUGGGGUUUUUAUUCUACAAGCCCAGACUGAAAACUCUAAGAGGGUGUGGAUGACAGAGAUUGAAGGAGCAGUGGCAACGUUGUUGAAGAAGGACUCGCAGCAGCCGCGCGUGAAAAGCUCCACUCUCUGGCUGGAGUCUUCACAGAUCUGACUCAGUGCA